AUGGCUGCCUCGCCAGCGUUCGCCAACAAUGACAACUGUGAAGAAUCGGGGGUGACAGGCGAUGCUACAACUGGGUCUGCUUGGGCAGAGAUCUCUGCCAAGGGUGCAGGUGUUGGCGAACUAGGAGUUGUAGCCGGAAACUCGGACGGUGAGUCGGAUCCAGGUAAGAAAAUGGAAAUGAAAACACAGGGUAGACGGUCAAAAGAUAUCGUGGUCAAGAGAAGGUAA